UUUGUGCCGCGCCGGUUCGGACAUCCGACAACGACGAAGGCGUGGGCACCAGCGUCGCCGAUGAUCUCGAGCAAUCUCGACAGGAUCGUAAUUCUACCGGCGCCCAACCCAUACAUGUCAUGCGUUCUCUCCAACCGGGGUCGACUCCAAGAACUCGCAACCGGAUUACCAACAAAACUCGUCUCAAAAUCUACAUUGGAAAUAUCGAAGUUGACCCUUUCAGCUUCGACGAGGAUGAAGAGAAGAACCGUUUGGCACAGAGGGUCGCUGGCGUUGAUCAAGACGACGCAAAUGAACACCAUUUGCAACAAGUGCUGUCUGAAGCUGCUUUGCGCACCCAAACAUCUCCUCGCAGCGGUCGAGGAGCACACGAAAAAUCUUCGUAUAUCCCUACUCCAGACUCCACUGGCAUUGUCAAAGAUCAUGAUAAGUUGUAUCCGGCGAAAACGUUUACAACACCAGCCUCUUAUAUCUCCUCUUCGGAAACCGUCGAGGAGCAGCUUGUGGCCGGAAUAGUCCACGGAUGCACAUAUUUUAUGGAUGAGCGAGACGCGGAGUGGCUGGAGAAAAUUAACGAGGAAGCAAGGGGUGAAGGGACAAGUGCGCAGGCCGCAUUCAGUGUCAGUGCUAGGACUUCAGGGCGAACUAUGAAAGGCAAGGGUAAGGAAGCAGAUGCAUCAAGUCUUGUCAGUGUCAAAGAAGAUGAAUUCGAAUUGGUAAUGGGAUUAUUUGAGCUGAUCACGCACGAGGAAACAGAAUAUCUGCACCAUAGUCUCAAGGAUGGGAUGAUGUUCCCUGAAUUUUCGAACUAUCAAGACACGUUUUCAAAUCCUCUCGAGAAGUCCUUUUUUGCCGCAUACUUUGUUCCUAAAGACGUACCGCCUCCAGACAAACUGCUUUCUAUGGCUCAGUUGAUCUAUCCUCAUUGGAGAGCUCGUCGAAUGGAACGCGGCGGUCUACGAGUUACUCCACAGCUUAAUGGCGAUGAGACAGAUACCCUGAAUGAAUCAUUCGUGUGCUUCCGCAGGAGAGAACUAAAGCUCACUCGGAAGACUCGUGCUUCGCAAUCCAACAUUUCCGAGAAGCUCGAGGUCUUAACAAGCCAUUUUGCGGAUGCUUGUGACUUGGUCAAGAAAGUUCGCCAACGAGAGGAUCUGAAGCUUCGGUCCUUACGCCAAUGGCAUAGUAUUUGGUUUAACCGGGUAGCGAUGGUCAACAUGAAACGCAAGAACCCCUGGCUUGCCGGCGACAAAGGCGACGAAAAGUUACUUGUUGACAAAGAGCCACCCCCCAAGAAACCAGAUGUUCGCGUCAGCCGUAUAUCGAUCAAACCAGAGACCCUUUUUGUUGCCCCUCCAGCUCGCAUUGAGCCAGCCAUACGCCCGAGGGAGAGAAUCGCCAAACUGCAUACUAAGAUUGAUCAUGGAAUGCACAAACGAAAAGAAAAAGAUCAACAGUGGGAAGACAUAGUGGAGAACUCUCACGUUCCGCCCCUUGUACCUUUUUCUUCUCGGCUUUUCAAGUUCAUCGCUCCGAAUGCGCCUGCAUGGCCGAAGCAGGAGCCCGAAGUACCCGAACGGAAACUCGUGAGGCUGCGUUGCGGUCGUGGUGGGCGGAUGAUGCUGGAUCGCCGGAGUUCUCAUCCCCUGACGCGAGAUACGCAGGAUACCGAUGAGGAGACCAGGCGUCUGAAAGAGCGGUGGCGGUUUGACUCGGACGAUGCUCCGCCUUUUGGACAGAGCUCUGAAGAGCGGGACCGCGAACUCGUAGACGACUACGGUCUGAGCUAUCUGCGACAUGCUUUCCACCUUCUAUCAGAAGUGGACCCAAACCUAUUCACCGACCCUUCAAUCGUCAAGUACGACCCCGAGAAUGGUCGGAAAGAGACUAUCAUACCGUUCAAGCUCGGAUUGUCCAGUAUUGUUCGACCUCCACCCAUGACCCCAUCCAUUUCUCAACGCAUGAACGGCUCUGCAUCUUCUACACCACCGACGAUGAACGGUAACAUUGGCAUUAGCCGUAUCUCCUCCAAUGGCUCAACUCGUCCCGGUUCUGUCGCUCCACCAAAUACGGCAUCUUCCGUAUCCUCAGUAUCGCAUGCCAAGAGUAUCCAACAUGCUCCCGCAGUGAAUGGCACGAAUGGUCGUGCGGCCAUCUAUCUUGGUACAACCAAGGUGGAGUCCACAAUUCAUCCCCCUCCUUCAAAAACUCCGAUACAGAAUGGCGUCUCGCAACUGCCCGAGACCAAUGGUGCUGGUCUGAGUGUCCAGCAGAUGCACAAUCUCAAGAGUUUGUUCAAUGUAUCUGAUGGUCAGCGCCCUCAGUUUGUGCCGGUCGUAUACGGUGGGACGACGGGAAUUAGUAACAUGAAGCUCCCGGCGAUACGACAGCGACCUCAGGGAAGUAGUGAUACUAAAAGCAACGGUGGGUAGCUGUUUGCACGAAAGCUUCAUGUUCUGUUAUCUUUGCAAAGCAUCUGUCUGUAUUGUUAGCAUAACUUUCUCAUCCUUCUUUGUGUACAUAGAUUCAUCUUACACUCUUAGAGAUACAU